CUGAUCAGCUGCUUAAUUUUUUUAAAUAAUUUUUUUGUUAUUGUUGAGGGUCAAUCAUAAAAUCUAUUUAACAACAACUCGCAAAAGUGCAAUAUAGUAGAUAGAAACGCAAGGCUGUGAUCAAAAGCCAAUUCUGAUGUGUUGCCCUGGUAACUGGGCCCAAACAAACGAAAUCGGAAAAUCUCAAUAGUUAUCUUAACCGCUUUAGUAAAAUGUUUAUUCUCGACCGAAUACUGCCUUUUAUUUUUAGCUAUAUAAGGCCGUUUAUAAAGUGGUUCCUGCACGCCUUCACCAGGCUCUCAGAGCUCCAGAGGAUUUGCUAUGGGGCGAGGGCGGGAGCCAGUCGGACUAGUCAGGUGGAAAGGUCCCUUACAUUGUCCAAAAGACCACAAAUACAGCGACUUGUACUUGACCUUGAUGGGGCGGCGCCAUACGUGAACAACGAGGAGCUUCUGGAAUUUGCUCCUCGCGCUGCUCGUAUUGUGAUGCAAGCGAAACGCAUCAAGCACAAUGUGCACCCAGACUUUGCCCGGCUCUUGGGCACAUGCGUGACGAGUAUUUGGGGCUACCGUAGACUGAUGCAUCAAGUGGAACAGCUUCGGGCGGAGAAAUACGACUCGGAUAACCUCGACCACGAAGAAAAGCUGUUGCGAUUAUGGCAACUGCUGAUGCCAGAGACUCCCCUCACCGGUCGCGUAACCAAACAGUGGCAGGACAUUGGCUUCCAAGGCGACGAUCCAAAGACGGACUUUCGUGGAAUGGGCAUGCUCGGCCUGGAGAAUUUGCUCUACUUUGCCACUGCCUAUAACGACGCAGCCAAACAUGUGCUGUUGCACUCGAUGCAUCCCACCCUGGGUUACACCUACGCCAUUGUGGGCAUUAACCUCACCUCCAUGGCCUUCAAUCUAGUAAAAACAGGCUCCGCCAAAACCCACUUCUACAAUUUGGUGGUGCAGCACAGACAGGAUUUUAGCACCGUAGAGGAUUUCCACAAGUUGUACUGCUAUUUAUUCUUCGAAUUUGACCGCUUUUGGAUGGAAAGCGACCCGCGAAACAUUAUGGACUUCCGCGAGAUUUACCAGGCGUUUGAAAUUACAAAACUAGAGGCCUUGCACAAUGAUAGCACCAUUUUUAAGACCAACUUGGCUGUAGAAUCCGUCUGAAGAUUGACAGUGUUAAAAGGACUUUUGUGGCUGUAUGACUUAGUCCGAUUUUGUAAAUACAUGAUUAGAGUGCGGCUAAAUGAAAUUAUUUUCUUAAUAUUUGUCAUUCUUAAAUUAAAAUGAUCAUUUGAGAGAACUUGUCAUUUCGCUUCUAAAAUCACUUUGUAAUAAAAAAAAAUAAUAAUCAUGAAGUAAGUAUACAAAUACGAUAAACCGCUUUAAUUUUUGUAUAAAUGCAGAUUUUAUGCGUUUAUUUGAGAGCCAUAUAUACUUUAUAUUUGUAUAUGUAUUCAUAUAUAUUUUAAUGCAAGUAUGUAAAUUGUUAAACUAAGCCUGGAAUGUCACAUAAUAAUACUUUAAAUUCAAGUCGGAGAUUGCCCACUGAGACAGAAUAAAUAAUAAUUUAAAUAUCA